GCUUGGUCGGGUCGGGGUCCAGUGCCGUCGGGAUGCGUUGCGCGUAGGGUUGUAACGGAUACAUUCAGCCGCGUGAUAACAAUUCUGUCUUAUCCGAGACGAUGGCCACGACAGGCCAUCCAAGACACGUAUCCAAAAGUAGCAGCACCGACAAUGAAGAAAACAGGCGCAACUGCUGGGUCUGCUUUGCAUCGGACGAGGACGACCGAAUGGCACUGUGGGUGAAGCCCUGUCGGUGUCGAGGAACAACUAAGUGGGUGCACCAGUCCUGCCUGCAGCGGUGGGUGGACGAGAAACAGCAGGGCAACGCCAUGGCGCCAGUUCGUUGUCCACAGUGCAACACCGAGUAUGUCAUCCUCUUUCCCCAGAUGGGGCCGGUUGUCAUGGUGAUGGACCUGAUUGACGAGUUCAUCAGCCGCUCGUGUCCGUUCGUGGCCGCUGGCGUGGUGGUCGGCUCGGUGUACUGGACGGCCGUCACCUUCGGGGCCGUGACUGUCAUGCAGGUGGUGGGUCACCGGGACGGCCUGGCGGCGAUGGAGCAGGCCGACCCGAUCUUCCUGCUGGUCGGCCUGCCCACCAUCCCACUGCUGCUCAUCAUGGGCAAGAUGGUGCGCUGGGAGGACGCCGUGCUGCGCUUCCUGCGCAGCAGCGCCGUGCGGCUGCCGCUGCUGAAGCGGCUCAUGCCGGCCGCGCCGCCGCUCGUGUCGCCCGCGCAGCCGUACGUCGACACGCUGCCGCUCAACGACCCGGUGUCGGCGACGCGCGUGUUGUGCGGCGCGCUGCUCUUCCCGACGGUGGCCACGCUGGCCGGCCGCGCCCUGUUCGAGAGCGUGCCCUCCCGGCUGCAGCGGACGCUGCUCGGUGCCGCCGCCUUCGUCUGCGUCAAGGGCGCGCUCAAGAUCUACCACAAGCACAAGCAGCUCAUCCGGCUCAGUCUCAGACAGGUGCUGAACUUCGACGACGAGAACGCGGUGCGCGUCCGGCAAAGCGGCGCGUCGCGACCGGAAGCGGCCAACGACGCCGACGACGCGCAGUGAGGACCACGCCGCGCGCGCUCGCCGCUCGAUCCCAGUGACGUCACCGCCCGUGUCGGGUGGCGCGGGCGGGUGGUCGGCCGCCGGGCUCGUUCGUCUGAACCGGUCGACUGACUGACCGGCAGGGUGCUGGGUCGG